AUUAGUCUAGUCUAGCCAUCACACCGGAAGUGAGAGUGAGGGGGUAGCAGCCACCGAGCAAGAUGGUGGCCACCAGGAGAGGAGUACGCGUAAGCUCUCCGGCUAAAACAAACUCCGACCAGUCCUCCGACGUCCCGGCCACUCCUUCCACUGGUCGGAGAACCCGGAGAGCUGCGAAACAAGCAGAGAGUCCUACCCAUCAUGCCCUGGUGGAGAUCAGCAGCCAGCUUGAGAAAAGUGAGGGAGGACCUCCAGUAUCUCCACCGACCCCCUUGCUGAAAAGAUGCACCCGAGCUUCCAGACUACACAGUCCAGAGCAGCCCUCCACACCAGUGGGCUCCACCCAUGAAGGAGACGUGUCAGACCUGGAGUCCUGCUGCUCCGUGUUGUCCGACAUCGAACCUCCAGUGACGCGCACCAGAAGCAGGAGGAGACAGCCCCGUGCAGUGAGUCGGGAAGAUGAAGAGGUAUCUGAGGUGGAGUCGUGCUCUUCUGCAGUUUCAGCGUCGAAAGCUGGCCAGAGAAGUCGCCGGAGCACAAGGAGCAAGACGACUGCUGAACCCUCUGACCCAGCUCGUGUUGAGGAGGAAGAUGUCGAGGUCGGCCAUGCGCUGGACUCCGAGUCCUGCGGCUCUGCGGUGUCUGAAUCCAAGAGAGUUACCAGAAGUCAGAGAACACCUGCCCGCACCCGAUCGUCCGCCAAACACCAAACUGAGGACUCAGAGGUCUCAGAUGCUGACAGCUGCGCAUCCAGUGUCUCAGGAGUUGACAUUCCUAAGUCCAGCACCCGUAGAUCCACAAGAUCUAGAAGGCAAACACAGCCCGUCCCCCUACACCUACACGAGACCUCGGAAGGCUCUCAGUCCCCUGCUCCGACUGGUCGACAGACCAGGGCAGCUAGAGGGAAGACACCAGCAACUGUAGAUGUCAGCGAGCCACCAUCUUGUGAAUCUGACGGGUUUGAGUCUGGGCCCACUUUCAGUAUGUCCACUCGUCGACGGGGCAGGACCCAGUCCACACGUCCCACAGCUCUGGACUCUGACUCUGAGCUGACGGGCGUGCAUUCCCCAUUGGGCAAGGGAACUCCCUGCAGCAGCCGGACAGGCUCAGGGAACAGCAGCCGAGGCACUCCGGCGUCCAGGCGCUCAGCGAAAGACCUGUGCGCUGUUCUAGAAAAAGCCGGAGAGCCGACUGAAGAGGACAGCUCAUUAAAUGACUCUAGGUUAGAAAGCACGGUGAUCGCUGAGGAUGCUGACUGCACACUAUUGGAGGAACAUGAGAACCAGACGCUGGAGAAAGAAGAAGGAGUGAAUAGUGCUGGUCUUACAUUAGAUGAGGCAGAUACGAAAGUAGUGGAAAAGGGAGAAAGGGAAGAAAUUGCUGGUGAGCCUGCAGUGAUGGCCAAAGACCAGCAGGAGGAGCCGUCUGCUGAAAAUAAAGACGGGGACACCUCAGAGAUGGAAAUGAUGCAGGAAAUGAUCCAGUCAUCAGAGCCGUCAAAGCCUUGCCAAUCAGUUGCAAUAACAGAAUGUGAGAAGGCUUCUGAAAUCACCGAGGAGAAGGUCGAAGCCAUGGAGGUAGCUGAUGUGGACGCCCACUCAUCACAGGCACAGGGAGAUAAGGGUGCGGAUGAGGAUGCAGUUGCAGAAACCAGGCCCAGUGUGGAGGAGAAAAUGGAAGUCAGCACAGUGAACGCAGACACUCAGCAGGUGGUUGAUGCCAGUGAGGUGCAAGUCGAGUCCAUUCAGGUAACAUCUAGCCAGCAGCACAAAAUCACAGUGGGUUCUGACUCUGAACAGCGACCUAGAGACGUCAUUGUCCAGAAGUCAAAAGUGACCAGCUUGCUGGAGAGCAGCGAUGAUGAAGAUGAAUAUGCUGAAGAGGAGGAGGAAAAGGAAGUGGAAGAGGAGGAUUUGGGAUACAGGGAGGAGGAGGAGGAGGAAAGAGGAGGACCUUCCAAGAAGUCAGACGCAGCGGCUGCAUCAGUUGCAGGACUGUUUAUGAUUGACACUCGGCCCGGACAAGAGGCCGAUGAACAUUACUACAAGGAGAGGCCAACGGAGGAGGAAGAGGAGGCCAAACCGAAAGAAGCUGGGCUGGAGGAGCAAGAUGAGGAGUUUCUGGAUGAGGAGGGGGAUGAUGACGAUGACGAAGAUACAAAAAUCCUCUUCUCGAGUCGAAAUCCUCAGCUGAAAGAGUUGUCCAGCCGCAUUGACCCCGGCAUCAGAUUGAAGGAGCUCGGGGGUUUAUACAUCAAUUUUGAUGGCAGCAAAUCAAAACCUGUCUCCAGUUCACUGCAAAAACUGAAGGAAAAGAAGAUCCAAGAUGAGGUGAUGAAGAAGAGUGUGAUUGGACCAGACUUUGAAAAGAAGGACGCGGUGCCUCCAUACAGUGAAUCCAAACAAGCCUUAAAACUGAAACGCAGAGCAGAGAAGGAGAAAUCAACAGGAGAUGGUUGGUUUAAUAUGAAAGCCCCAGAGAUCACCCAGGAGCUGAAAGGAGACCUCAAAGUCCUGAAGAUGAGAGGCUCCAUGGACCCCAAGAGGUUCUACAAGAAGAACGACAGAGAUGGCUUUCCCAAGUAUUUUCAGGUUGGUACAGUGGUGGACAGCGCAAUCGACUUUUAUCAUUCCCAUAUUCCCAAGAAGGAGAGGAAGAGGACCAUGGUGGAGGAGCUGCUGGCUGACGCUGAGUUCAGACACAACAACAAAAAGAAAUACCAGCACAUUGUGACAGAGAAAGCAGCGCAGGGAGCUGGUAAGAGAAACAAGAAGAAGAAUAAAUUCCGUAAGAAGUAAAUAUGAAGACUGAAUAGAUUUACAUUGAAUGGAUAUACACAGCUCUUCAACAGAAGGUGGGUUUCUUCUUAAUGACUGGAGCAUUAGCACACUUUGGGACUUGAACAUGAUGGUUUACAGAGUCCUUCUGAUUUAUGACCCUUCAUCUCUAAAGAUGGAUUGAGUUCAUGUGUCUACACAAAGAAAAGAUCAUACAAGUCAAGUGGAUUCAGAAAUAGUCUUUACUUUGUACACUUAACAGUAAAUGUGGUAUACAUGCUUCUAUUUACAAGUCAUUUUUAAUCAAAUUGACCUGUAUUUUCAAAACAUGUUGCUGUGCAAUAAUGUAUCAUUCACACAAUACGAGCAUCUGACAAUAAAAUAUCUUCUUUUGACUGGCA